AUAUAUAUGCAACACAGCUGUAUCUCGCCUGCUACUGCCACUAAUGGCUUUCUCUUCAAUUAUCUUACUUUUCGUGUCAAUUAUUUCCAAUGCCUGUUCUCUGUAUGCUACAACCAAUAAUCAAUCUUACUUCUUCAAUCUAAUGAGAACUUCCCUGUCAGGGAAAGCUUUAUCCGAGUGGGAUGUUACUGGAGGGAAACCAGUUUGCAAUUUUACAGGAGUUGAUUGUAACAAUAACGGGUGCGUGGAAAAGAUUGACAUGACCGGUUGGUCUAUAUCGGGCAAAUUCCCAACUGGUAUUUGUUCUUACCUGCCAGAGUUGCAAAUUCUUCGUCUUGGCCACAACCAACUCCAUGGCGAGUUCCUUCACAGCAUCCUCAACUGCUCUCUCUUAGAAGAACUCAAUCUGAGUUCUUUGUACCUCACUGGAACACUUCCUGAUUUCUCAUCUUUGAGAGCUCUCCAGAUUCUUGACGUAUCGUACAACAGCUUUAGGGGUGACUUUCCAAUGUCAGUGACUAACCUCACCAACCUGGAGUUGCUUAACUUCAAUGAAAAUUUGGAAUUGAACUUCUGGCAAUUUCCAGAGAACAUUUCCAGACUAACAAAGCUUAAGUCAAUGAUCUUGACAGCGUGCAUGCUGAAUGGUCCAAUCCCAGCAUCACUUGGAAAUAUGACAUCUCUUACCGAUCUUGAAUUAAGUGGAAAUUUUCUCAUAGGUCAGAUUCCAGCUGAGAUUGGGUUGCUGAAGAACUUGCAACAGCUUGAGCUCUACUAUAAUUAUCAUCUUUCUGGAAAUAUACCGGAAGAACUUGGAAAUUUGACAGAGCUAAUAGAUUUGGACAUCUCAGUCAAUAAGCUGACUGGAAAAAUUCCAGAAUCCAUAUGCCGCCUUCCAAAGCUUGAAGUCUUGGAGCUUUACAACAACAGCCUCUCAGGAGAUAUCCCAAGUGCUAUUGGCAAUUCAACAACUUUGCGCAUUUUAUCAGCCUAUGAAAACACUCUUACAGGAGAAGUUCCACAGAACUUGGGGCAACUGUCACCUAUGAUUGUCCUAGACCUGUCAGAGAAUCGCCUAUCGGGCCCACUACCGACAGAAGUUUGCAAAAGAGGUAAACUGUUAUACUUUCUCGUCUUAGAUAACAUGUUUUCUGGAGAGAUACCUGACAGUUAUGGAAAAUGUAAGACUCUUCUGCGAUUUCGAGUCAAUCAAAACCGUUUGGAGGGCUUAAUACCAGAAGGACUUCUAGGUCUUCCCCAUGUUUCAAUAAUUGAUUUGAGUUACAAUAAUUUUAGUGGUUCAAUUGCAAAUACAAUUGGAACUGCAAGAAACUUGUCUGAAUUUUUCUUGCAAAGCAACAAGAUUUCAGGAGUUCUACCUCCUGAAAUUUCUGGGGCUGUCAAUCUAGUAAAGAUUGAUGUCAGCAAUAAUCUCCUGUCGGGCCCCAUACCUUUUCAAAUUGGCUUUCUGAAAAAGCUAAAUCUACUGAUGCUGCAAGGCAACAUGCUGAAUUCUUCAAUCCCCAAAUCACUAUCAUUGCUGAAAUCUCUCGAUGUUCUUGAUCUUUCCAACAAUCAAUUGACCGGAGAUGUACCAGAAAGUCUUGGUGUUGUGUUACCAAAUUCUAUUAAUUUUUCUAACAAUCGCCUUUCUGGUCCAAUUCCUCUCUCUCUCAUAGAAGGUGGGUUGCUGGAAAGCUUUUUGGGGAACACAGAUCUUUGUGUUCCAGUCUAUGUUUCUGCAGAUCAAAAUUUCCCCAUAUGCUCACAAAAUUAUAAUCGAAAGAACAAAAGUUCUUUAUGGGUGAUUGGAAUUUCUGUAGCUAUCAUUAUAGUUGGAGCUCUCUAGUUGCCAAAAUGUAAACUCAGAAAUUGAAAAGUUUAUGGAACAUGAUCAGAGUUUACCUUCACCAUUACUUUCAUAUGAUAAAAGAGUGACAGUGAUUUUUUAUAAGUGUAUGAAAAUCCCAACAAAUAAUAUAGAAUGAGUAGUAUCAUUUCCACAGA